UCUGCAGCAAGGCAAGUAAGUGCAGGCGCAGGACGGCAGCAUUACGCUGGAGCUAGUUUACUGCCGCUGGCACUUCUCACGACGGUGAUGGCGACUGCACCUAUACAAGACAACGUAAACUAGCGACAUAGCGGGUAGUAAACUGGAUUAGACAUUUCCGCAUCAACUGACUGCUUGAAACCUAAACGUUCUGGUGGUCGACGGAAACGGGUUGGAGCUGAGAAUGACCAACGAGGAGCCCCUUCCGAAGAAGGUUCGCCUCAGUGAAUCUGACAUGAAGACCCUGACCAGGGAGGAGUUGUGUACCAGGUGGAAGCAACAUGAAGCUUAUGUCCAGGUCCUGGAGGCAAAGUAUGCGGACCUUAGUUCAAAUGAUGUGACAGGGCUGAAAGAGUCUGAAGAGAAGCUGAAGCAGCAGCAGCAGGAGUCUGCACGCAGGGAGAACAUCCUGGUCAUGCGGCUCGCCACCAAGGAGCAAGAAAUGCAAGAGUGCACGACCCAGAUCCAGUAUCUCAAGCAAGUCCAGCAGCCAAGUGCAGCCCAACUGCGAUCGUCCAUGGUGGACCCAGCCAUCAACUUGUUUUUCCUCAAAAUGAAGGCUGAACUGGAACAGACUAAAGACAAACUGGAGCAGGCCCAAAAUGAACUGAGUGCCUGGAAAUUUACACCUGAUAGCCAAACAGGGAAGAAACUGAUGGCCAAGUGUCGAAUGCUGAUUCAGGAAAACCAGGAGUUGGGCAGGCAGCUCUCCCAGGGACGAAUUGCCCAACUGGAGGCUGAGCUGGCCUUGCAAAAGAAGUACAGUGAGGAGCUCAAGAGUAGCCAGGACGAGUUGAAUGACUUUAUUAUUCAGCUUGAUGAGGAGGUAGAGGGAAUGCAAAGCACCAUCCUUGUCCUACAGCAGCAGUUGAAGGAGACUCGCCAGCAGCUCUCCCAAACCCAGGGGGCUUUUACAGGCGCAGGACCUAGCAGGACUUCCCCCAACACUUGCAGCUCAUCUGCUGAACCAUCUGCCCAGCCUGAGCAAACCACGGCAACCUCUGAGCCAAUGGGUAAAGACUAUGGGAGGGUCUCCAAUGGACCAAGCAACGGCGACUCAUCCCAGAGGAGCGAGACCACUACCCCCAGCCUGUACCGAGAAGUCAGCAGUACUGAGGAAGAUUUUCCUAUGUCUCCUAUGGUCUCCAGCCCCGGUGAGGCCGAGAUCAAACUCUCCAACCACUCAGAAGAGGCGGCAGGGAGCCAGACUGGUGCUGUGAAUGUAGGAGGAGCAGGGGGGUUCGGAAGCCAGCUGAGCGCAGGGUACGAGAGUGUGGACUCGCCGACAGGCAGCGAGACAUCUCUGACUCAGCACUCGAAUGACACGGACUCCAACACCGAUCCCCACGAGGACAAGACUGGCCCAGUGACCAAGGGCAACCGGACUGCAGGGUCACGGCAUGCUCAAAAUGGCUUGGACUCCAGCACCAACGACAGUGCAGUUUUGUAAUCUAGUUUAUAUCACCUCAACUGUCAUUUUCUUUUUAUACAACACACAAAUGUGACAACAAAUGCAUAGUCUGUAAAACAGUAAUGUCCAGAAAAUUAUUUUGUUUUUAAACUCUCCCUUCCCUACCGUGAUGCCUCGGCCAUGUUUGUGUUGCUUAACAGGGACAUUAUAUGUAAAAGAGCGAGUGGAUGUAUGAUUUUGAAAGUAGUUAUUUUCCUUCUAUUAUUGCUUCAUUUGAACAUGUCAGCUGUUUGAGCUCACGACACUUAUCAGGCAUCUGGAAUUGUAACCUGUUGUCAAUAAAAGUCAGCAAAUUAGUUCACUGAAUCACAGUAGCUUUACAAUGUUCAAGGUCUUUUUUAAAAAAUUGGCCUGUGUUUUGUUUAAACAUGCGACUUUUAAUUUUCCAUCCCUGGCAAAAUUUUGUUCAACAGAUUCUUCUUGUGUGUAGUUUAUAUGCGAUGUACUUUGUUCGUAUUACUGACUUCAAUCCUUUUCAUGUACUGACCAAAUAUCAAU